AUGGCAGCGAACAAUAUCGAACCGGAUGACUUUGAUUUUGACGAUGAAGGCGCGGACUUUGGCUCAGCCGAAAGCUCCACGGCAUCGAUUUCCUCAAGCCUGGUGCAAGGCGUUGAUGAGUAUGGAAGAAGAUAUGCGUCAUAUGGGAAAGCAGGCAAGAGCACCUCUGUCGCGCAUGCGCGCAUCUACAUUUACAGCUGGCAGAGACUAAUAUUUGGCAGAGUAUGGCAUGCCGAUUGA